AAAAGUCACAGACACCAAACCAUAAUAAACCGCAAACGAACGAAAUAAAAACAGUGUCCGUGUUGUGCUAGAUUGAGUGAAUCAGAAGCAAAAAUCAAAGCCGAUUCGAAAUGAAAAAAGAAGACACAGUCAAAUUAAUCAGCGCCGAGGGUUUCGAAUUCGUAAUUGACAAAGAAGCCGCCAUGGUUUCCCAAACUAUUCGCAACAUGCUCACUUCUCCAGGGAGUUUUGCUGAGACGCAGCACGGGGAAGUGACAUUUCCGGAGAUAAGCACCACGAUACUCGAAAAGAUAUGCCAGUAUUUCUACUGGUCCCUUCAGUAUGCCAAGGGAAAGGAGACGGAAUUCCCAAUUGAACCUGAGCUAACGCUGGAGCUGAUGAUGGCUGCUAACUAUCUCCAUACUUGACCAAAUUAAUUGACUCGCUUCUUCAGUGACGUGUCUUAACUCUGGAAAUAAAGAUGACACAGUUGCCACAGAGAAGUUGUAGAUCAUAGGUCUAUACUUGCGCUACGGAUUGGAAUUUGGAAUCUGAGAAUAGCAUUUCAAGGUGGUAUAUUUGUCAACAUGUAAUGUCAUUACUUGAUCCUGAACUUCUCUCUGAUUUUGUAACAAGUUGAAUAGCAUCACUUUUCUGUUAUAAACUGAUUAAUUGUUAAUGCUAACAUGACUUCUUAGAGUUGCUUAUUCUGAUAGAA